UGUCUGGCUGAGUGGAGAAGUGAGAAGAUUGGUGUCUGUUGUACAUUUGCUCGGAGCUAUUAAGCUUAAAUUCAUCACGAGUUAGUUUAAUAGUAAAGUUUAGUGUAUCGUGCACGGCGCCUUACACGUUAUAGUUUUCUUUGUGCUUUGGUUUCAUAUUAAAAUUCGCAGUGUAUCAACAUUUUUUGGUGUCUAAAUUUCUAUGCUUUCACGCGAUUUUCCUCGCUGUUGGAUCACAAUAUUAGAAAUUCUGUGAACAGAGUGUUAAAGAUUUGUUUUCGAAUAACCUACUUGCGGUUAUGUUUACUAUUUUCAUUUAUUAGAAGCGUUUUGUGUUUGUACUUUGUUGGUGUUGAAUCGAUAUUGUAUGAGGGCAUUUACCUAUUGUUGUGAAAUGAGUGUGCAUAUUUUGUGACAAACGCAUGUCCUGAUGGGAUUUGGUUGCUGAUAAAGGAAAAAAAGACAAAGCUAUUGGCAAGCAAAGACUGUAAACAAUGGGGAGGUACUCAGGAAAGAAGUGUCGACUAUUGUCGAUGCUUUGGCUAACCAGUGGGUUCUUCAUUGUAGAACUGAUUGUGGGCUACGUCACCAAUUCUAUGGCCCUUGUAGCAGACUCUUUUCAUAUGUUAAGUGAUGUUGCAGCACUGGUCAUUGCAUUUUUAUCUGUUAAAAUGUCACCAAAGAAAUGGUCAAAGAACACAUUUGGGUGGGCGAGAGCAGAAGUACUUGGGGCUCUCGUGAAUGCUGUGUUCUUGGUCGCUCUGUGCUUCAGCAUCACCGUAGAGGCUGUGAAGCGAUUCAUUGAGAUCGAAAUGAUACACGAUGAGAAGCUCCUGGUAGCUGUUGGUACUUUGGGGCUGAUACUGAACAUUGUUGGACUUUUCCUGUUCCAUGAACAUGGCAGCAGCCACGGCCACUCCCACGGCGGCGUUCCACCACCGUCCAACGUUCGUCACCUCACAGAAAUCGUGAACAGCAACGCCGAUAUGGCCUUAGGUCACAACGCGACCGACACCGAAGAGACUGAUGAGAUGGUCCCGCCGAAGAACCUUAAACUGCCAAACAACAACAAGCAGACCCCUCGAAGGACCAACAACGAUCCUGGACAUAUGAAUAUGAAGGGAGUCUUCCUUCACGUUCUGUCGGAUGCUCUGGGUUCGCUGAUCGUGGUCGGGUCAGCUCUAGUGGUCUGGCUGACCGAUUGGGAGUACAAAUACUACAUCGACCCCGCGCUGAGUAUCGUCCUCGUGAUCCUCAUUCUGGCGUCCGUAUGGCCACUGCUGAGGGAGUCUUCGCUUAUCCUGCUACAGACUGUUCCUACACAUAUCCAGGUGGACGCGAUCCAGCGACGACUUUUGGAGAAGGUGGAUGGAGUGUUGGCCGUUCACGAAUUCCACGUGUGGCAACUCGCUGGAGACAGGAUCAUCGCCAGUGCACAUAUUAGGUGAGAAAUUAUGAGAAUUGUUGCGAAAAACGCUCAAAACUCGAUUCAAUCUAUCUGCG